AUGACAACCUUUUCAACUGGAUUCUUAUCACACACUCUCAAUUUCAGAAACCACCCAAACCGCACUUCUCGCCAUUCAAAUCCCAACUCUAUCGUCACUUCCUCAACCCUGCGCAACACCAACAACCGAAGAACAAGAAUCAACCAAGAACAAAUCAGGGUCAAUGAAACAAUGCCAAAACUUGAUAGGGGUUAUAAACCUGAUGUCAUGAGAGCUGUCAUUAGGUCAUUCGAAUCAGCUAAGUACGAUGAAGCUCUCUACUUUCUUCAGCUCAUGGUUGAUAGGGGUUAUAAACCUGAUGUCAUUCUCUGCACUAAAUUUAUUAGGGGUUUUUUCAAUUCUUUGAAAACCCAGAAAGCUAUUCGGGUCAUGGAGAUUUUGGAAAAGCACGGCCUGCCUGAUGUUUUCGCGUAUAAUGCAGUUUUAAAUGGGUUCUGUAAAGCUGAUAGAGUUGAUGCUGCCAAUAAGUUGUUGAAAGAUAAUUGUAGGCCAAAUGUUAUAACUUAUACUAUUUUUAUUAAAGCAACUAUUAUUGAAGGUGGUAUUGAUAAGGCUAUGAAGCUUUUGGAUGAUAUGUUGUCGAGAGGGCUUCGACCUGAUGUGUUUACUUAUAGUAUUUUGUUGAAGAAUCUUUUGAAUGAAGGGAAAUGGGAAGCUGGAGAGAGUUUGAUGUUUGAUAUGUUGGAUAAAGGUUGUGAGCCGAAUUGUGUGACAUACAGCAUAUUGAUUAGUUCGCUUUGUUAUCAUGGCAAAAUCGUCGAGGCUGAGAAUGUGUUGAAGUGUAUGAAGAAGAGAGGGUUGGCUCCUAAUGCUUAUUGUUACGAUCCAUUGAUUUCUGCUAUUUGUAAAGAAGGAAAAGUAAAUUUGGCUAUAGAGUAUUUGGAUAACAUGAUAUCAGAUGGUGGUUUGCCUAGUAUUGUUUCCUAUAACUCGAUCUUGGCUUCUCUGUGUAAGAAUGGACAUGCUAAUGAGGCUUUGAACAUCUUUGAGAAGCUCGGUGAAGUGGGCUGUUCUCCAGAUGCAAGUUCUUAUAUUACAUUGUUUGGUGCAUUGUGGAGCAGCGGCGAUGAAAUUAGAGCGUUGGGGAUGAUUUUGGAUAUGUUAAGCAAAGGCAUUGAUCCUGACAAGAUCACCUAUAGUUCACUUAUUUAUUACUUGUGCAGAGGUGGAUUCAUGGAUCAGGAAAUUGAGUUGUUGGUUGACAUGAUUGAGAGUCACAAAAUCAUAGAUGCUAUUGAGGUGCUUGCUGCUAUGAAUCAGAGAGGAUGCUUGCCAAAUGAAAAAAGCUACAUAUUGUUGAUUGAAGGGAUUGGUUGUGGAGGAUGGCAAAAUGACGCGAUUGAGUUGGCUAGCUUGCUUGUUAAUAUGGAUGCUUUAUCGGAAGAUUCAUUCAAACGUUCGAAUCUAACAGUUCCUGUGUUUGAUGCGCAAAAGAGCCUGCAGUAUUAG